AGUUUCCUAAAUUCACUGUCAGGGAAGCGCGACAGCACCUUGCCGUUGCACAUCGAUUUGUGGCGCCCUCGCCUUCCUAAGACGCCCCUCUUCGCUGCGUCCCACUCCCAGCUCCGGGAGCGCAGCCGGCCCAGCCAGCGGGACAGUUAGCUGUGGCCGGGAGCCGACGCUCGCCAGCAGCCCCGGGAGGCGUUUGAAAUCCGCGAGGGGAAAAGACAAGGGGUGGUUGGUUUCCUGUGGAGCCCAGGGGGGAAGCCGCCGCAGAGCCCCCCGCCUGCAGCCAGGCUCGCCCUCUCCCCAGGGCCGCUCCGCCGCGAGGGGAGGCAGGCGGCACAGGCGCGGGAAAGCGCCUGCCCCAGCUCAGAGGAGAGGGGCGCAGGGUCGCGGCUACCCGCCCUGCCCCCUCAGCGCCCGCCUGGGCGACGCUGCCUCUCCGGGGGCUCUUUGCCCCCGGCCCCCCCACGGCUGCUGCUCGCUGCCCCCUCCCGCGGCUGGGCGUGGGGCCUGAGGCCGCGUCUCCUCCCCCGCCCUCCCGGUGGAUCAGUUACACGCAGCUGGCACAGGUGUGGGGCGCCCUUCAGACUCGCUCCAGCGACAAGGGCCAGACGCAGGGAGCAGCAGGGAAACAUGCAGCCAUCUUGGGCUCAGGCGGACAAAGAGCUGCCUUCUCCACCUCCCGUCCCCUCCCCGCGGGCGCCCCCCGUCUCCCCCCCGCGGCACGAACUAGCCUCGCCACGCUCCCUGGCCAGCCACCCCCCACCUUCUGCCCCCGCUGCUCCUGCAGCGUCGCGUCCGGGCCGCCGCAGCCCGACUCCCAACUAACACUCCGCAGCCAUUUGCCCAGGCUUUUAUAGGCGGCUGGCGUCCAAUCAUCAGCGAGCGGAAUCCCUCUCCGGCCGGUGAUGUGAGCCUAGGCCUGUGCGCCUGCGCAGUGAGAGGGCAGCGUGUGUGGGGGGGCGGGAGGGAGGAGUGAAAGGGGAGGAGGGGGAGGAGGGAGCAGCUCACAGGAACCCUCCAAAAAAAAGAUGGCGGCGGGCUCGGAUCUGCUGGAUGAGGUUUUCCUGAACACGGAGGUGGAUGAGAAGGUGGUGAGCGACCUGGUGGGCUCCCUGGAGUCCCAGCUGGCGGCCUCCGGUCAUCACCACCAGCACCACAAGGCGCAGGAGCCCCUCAGGGCCGCUGGGGGGCUGCUGGGGAACCAUGUUGUGAGCAGCAGUAGCAGCAGCAGCAGCCCUAGCCCUAGCCCUGGAGGAGUAGUAGUAGGAGGCAAUGCUAAUGUCCAAACAGAGAGCAGCAGCAGCAGCAGCAAGAUGGGACUCAGUGCCCCAGAGAUCACAAAAGCAGGAGCUGGAGGAGUGCAAGGGGGCGUUAUUAAUCAUAACACCAGGUCCCAGAGUUCAGCUCUGGAUGGAGUCACUACAACCAGCACCACCACCACCACAGCAGCAGCAGGAGGAUCUGAAGCUGCUGCUGCUCCAGGGACCCUCAGUCAGGGCAAAUCAGUGGUUAUCAGUACCAUGGCAACUGCCUUAUCCACCAGGAAUGGCAAAAUUGGGACCACAACGGUGCAAACUUUGAAUGGGAGUAACGUGGUGAUGAACUCUCAUCAUUCGGGAAGUGCUGCUUUCUCUGGGACUCCUGCAACUGCUAAUCCUGCUGCUGCACCUGCUGUUGCCCCUCUAGUUAACAAUGGACCUGGAUCUGUGGGGAAAGGAAAUACAGUUAAUGCUGUUUUGCCAUCAGCUUCUAACACUGUCAUCCAGACUUCUUUCCUCAGCACUGCUGUGUCCUCUGCCUCAUCCCCAUCACCCACAGUAAUCUCUUCGCAACCGCCACCAAGCAUUGUAGGUGGGGGGCCUACUGUAGCACUGGUGAGGCCACCAAUUCACACAGCAGGACCCACGGUUGCUGCAGCUGCUGCAGCCACCCAGAACGGGAGCAAUACUGUGAUCAAUUCAGCCAUUGGUGUGGGGAGUUUUCCUGCUGUUGCUGCAGUCACUGUGGGUUCUGGAGUUUCCCUCCAAACAUCACUUGUGAACAGCCAGCCUGGUUCCAGUGUGCCGGCAGCACCCACCACACAGGUUAUCAAAUCAGAGUCUCCUAAAACUAUAGGGCAUGCAGUAUCCCAGCAGCAGACACUAGUUGCUAGUGGCCAGCCCAGUACUACAGGGGGUAACAUGAUAAUUGGGCAAACUAUGCAAGCUGGGCUCUCCAAUGUGGCCCCCAAUCCCGGUGGGAUACCUCCUGCAGCUCCUGGUACCCCUACAGGAAUGGCUAAGGGCACUGCCAGUACAGUGGCACAAAGUCUGCCAAGGACUCCAACAGCAACUACAAGUGGUAUCAGAGCAACUUUGACUCCUACAGUUUUAGCACCUCGUCUGCCUCAGGCACCUCAGAAUCCAACUAAUAUUCAGAACUUUCAGUUACCACCAGGCAUGGUCCUUGUGCGUAGCGAAAAUGGACAGUUACUGAUGAUCCCUCAACAAGCCUUGGCACAAAUGCAGGCGCAGGCACAGGCACAUGCCCAAUCCCAGCCCCAAAAUACCAUGACUCCUCGUCCUGCAACACCUACCAGUGCACCACCAGUACAGAUAUCAACAGUGCCGGCUCCUGGAACGCCUAUAAUUGCACGGCAGGUGACACCAACUACUAUAAUCAAGCAGGUGUCUCAGGCUCAGACAACUGUACAGCCCACAACAACGUUACAGCGUCCUCCUGUAGUGCAGCCUCAGAUUGUUCUGGGUGGUACCGCACAAACAACUGCAUUAGGUACAGCCACAGCUGUACAGACUGGAACUCAGAGAACUGUGCAAGGAGCAACAGCAACCUCUACUGCUGCCACAGAAACUAUGGAGAAUGUGAAGAAAUGCAAGAAUUUUCUAUCCACAUUAAUAAAACUGGCUUCAUCUGGAAAACAGUCUUCAGAGACUACAGCUAACGUGAAAGAGCUAGUACAAAACUUGUUGGAUGGAAAAAUUGAAGCAGAAGAUUUUACCAGCAGGCUGUACCGAGAACUUAAUUCUUCACCUCAACCUUACCUUGUGCCUUUCCUGAAGAGGAGUUUGCCUGCCUUGAGACAGUUAACCCCAGACUCGGCAGCUUUCAUUCAGCAAAGUCAACAGCAGCAGCCCACAACGCAAGCAACAACUGCGCUGACAGCAGUGAUGCUGAGCAGCUCAGUUCAGCGCACAGCGGGGAAGGCCACUGCCACUGUAACAAGUACUCUCCAACAGCCUGUAAUUAGUCUAACUCAGCCUACGCAAGUUGGGGUUGGCAAACAAGGGCAACCUACACCACUGGUUAUCCAACAGUCUCAAAAAGGAGGGGCAUUGAUAAGGCCUCCACAGGUAACGUUGACACAAACCCCUAUGGUAGCAUUGCGGCAACCACAUAAUCGUAUUAUGCUUACAGCUCCUCAACAAAUUCAACUGAACCAACUUCAGACAGUACCUGUGGUAAAGCCAACAGUAUUACCUGGAAACAAAGCUCUGUCCACUGUUUCACCACAAGCAGCUGCCGCUCAAAAGAAUAAACUGAAAGAACCUGGGGGAGGUUCUUUUAGGGAUGAUGAUGAUAUUAAUGAUGUUGCAUCAAUGGCUGGAGUCAACCUAUCAGAAGAGAGUGCACGGAUAUUGGCAACAAAUUCUGAGUUAGUGGGCACAUUAACAAGGUCCUGUAAAGAUGAAACCUUCCUACUUCCAGCAUCUUUGCAAAGAAGAAUACUAGAAAUAGGUAAAAAACAUGGAAUAACGGAAAUCCAUCCUGAUGUAGUUAGCUAUGUAUCACAUGCAACACAACAAAGGUUACAAAACCUUGUAGAAAAAGUAUCGGAGACUGCCCAACAAAAGAAUGUUUCUUAUAAGGAUGAUGAAAGAUACGAGCAAGCAAGUGAUGUUCGGGCACAGCUCAAGUUCUUUGAACAACUUGAUCAAAUAGAAAAACAGAGAAAAGAUGAACAAGAAAGGGAAAUUUUAAUGCGUGCAGCAAAGUCUCGGUCUAGACAAGAAGACCCAGAACAGCUAAGGUUGAAACAGAAGGCCAAGGAGAUGCAGCAACAAGAGCUAGCACAAAUGAGACAGAGGGAUGCCAACUUAACCGCAUUAGCUGCGAUUGGUCCUAGAAAGAAAAGAAAAGUGGAUUCUCCAGGAUCUGGAUCAGGGACAGAGGGGUCCAGUACAAAUACACCAGUCCCAGGCAGCUCUGGAGUUGGAACAACCAGACCAUUUACGCGACAAAGGAUAACGCGGGUGAACCUCAGGGACCUCAUAUUUUGUUUAGAAAAUGAGCGAGAGACAAGCCAUUCACUAUUGCUAUACAAAGCAUUCCUUAAGUAAAAUGGAAAAGAUCAAGGUAUUUUUGACAGAGAGACGCCUGAGGACAUUUUUUAUAGAUUUGCAGAUUACGCCUUUUUGUAACAAGCAAAUGGGAUAUUGUUUCAAAAACAACCACCUCUUUACAUGGAACAGUUUUUUAUUCUUGUUUAUAAAAAAAACAAACUCUUCAGUACAAGAGAAAUACAUUUCUGUAACAGUGAGGAUACUUACAAGGCCUGUGGAUACUAUAAAUGGACAAUUAAACUUAACUCAUCUCUUGAUUGAGUGGCCUUCUUGCCAAACAAGCCAUAUAUAAAGACUGAUGGAAUCGUUUAGCAAAUAACUAGCUACCCUUUGUCAUACCUGUAGCAGUUGCAACAUUAAUUGUGCAUUUUAGUUCAGUUUUACUUAACUAAAUUGAUUAUAUAGGUAUAUGUCUACAGCAGAUGACCUCAUUUCAUUUUAGCUUUUUUUAAACAGUCAGUUAGCAAAGCAAACUGAUUUUUAAGAAUAUUUAUCUUUCCCCAAAAUGUUCAAAUUCUAGAGGGAUAUACAAUUAAUUGAAACAUAACCUCAAUUUUUAAUCACAUUAUUGCUUAUUAGAGGCCCUGAAAUCCCAUAAAGGAGGGUUACUUCUGAAUGUUUUUAUCAGCAUCUGUAAAAAUGCAUUUUAUUUGCUAUAGUUUG